CUUCCGGUUAUGUGAUGGCAGAACAAGAUUCCGUAAUUAUGGAUGGGACAGAAGAUGUUGUUUUGAAUUUUGGCGAGGAAGAGGAGCAGGACAAGCGAAGAAAAUUGAAACACCCGGUGGCUGUGUUUUUCCACCUGUGCUUCAGAGUGCUGGCGGUUGUUGCUUACUUACUUUGUGGCUGGUUCAGUGACAGUUUUAUCACAAAUUUUGUUAUCAUUGUUUUACUACUUUCACUGGACUUUUGGACAGUGAAAAACAUCACAGGACGAUUAAUGGUUGGUUUAAGAUGGUGGAAUCAUGUUGAUGAAGAUGGAAAGAGUCAGUGGGUAUAUGAAUCAAGAAAGGGAUCAGCUAGAAACAAAGUCACAAUGGUAGAAUCACAGAUUUUUUGGGUAUCACUGGUUGGAUCAGAAAUCUUAUGGGUUGUCUUUUUCUUUGCUACGAUGUUCACUUUCAAGUUUAAGUGGUUUAUGGUUGUCCUAGUCGGCCUACUUAUGAACGGAGCUAAUUUGUACGGCUAUGUGAAGUGUAAGCUGGGUGCCAACAAGAAGCUUUCCUCAGUGGCUUCCAAUUUUCUUGGCCAACAGGUGCUCAGAGGGAUGAUGUCUGCUGCCAGUUCAACAGCCGCUAAUGAAAGCAAGUAACUUAAACCCUAGAGGAUAAAGGUCGGCAGAGCUGAGAGCAGCCAACCCAGUUAACUUUGCUCAAAACCAAAAUGAUGUGUAAAGGAAGACAACUCACGGAUAGGGUACCCGUAUUACACACCUCUAAGAUCUGAUUAUAUUAUGGAGUGUCAACAAAAGAACUCAUUGGCUGUCAAGGGUUCCAAUGCUUUUUACAAUGCAUGGUGUUUUUAAUUUAAGUUCAUGGUCAAUACACUCAGCUUAACAACAGACAGUGAAAUCAGAUUUAUUGUUACAAGGAUGUAUCAUUGAAAAAUCACCUUAAAGAAAAAAUGUUGGAAGUGAAAAUCCCAAAUGCCCAAAAUAUGCGUGUCCAUCGCCAACUUUAAAGUGGAAUUUGUGAAUCUGAAUUUGAAGAGUUGGGAUAGCCUACUGAAAGGCUUUGAGAAAAAAAGCGGUUAACAAAAAUAAAAGAUAAAAACGGGUCAAUAGGUGAAGAAGUACUGUAUGCCCUCUGGUUUUUCGCCAGAAAUAUGUAGUUAUAAGAACUGGUAGCAAUAGUGUCUGUACUAUGGGCAUUAUUUGCAUUAUUUCAAUUGGAAUAUGAACUGUAACCUGCUAGAAUGUCAUGGAUAAAUGGAGGAAAAAGAUUAAUUGCCUUUCCAUAAUGAAAUCGAAUGUCUUUAGUCUCCUGAUCUGAGACCUGCUUGUACAUCUAAGUAUGUGGUAUUAGUAAGCUUAAUGUUCCCUUGUGAGGUGGUAUACCAGUUUGUGACUCUUUCGUGAGUUAUCUCAAUAAGACUUGUAGUAUUGUAUUGCAAACUGUAACGCAGUAAUUUAACUUUUUUUGCAAACUUAAAAUGUGUUAUUUCAGUGAUCAACAUCUUAUCAGCUGAAAAGUCCACGUCCAAGAAAGAAACUAAAUCUUGUAAUUAUGUGUUAUGUAUAUGUUGAAGCUCGCACUCCAACAUAAAAUGAAUAUUUCAGUGGGCACUUUAUGAAGGAGGACUGAGCCUCAUUUGGCGGAUUUGACAUAGACUCUCACAUAUCUCUAAAUUAAAAGUUUAACCACUUUCAACUAAUUUAUGAUGUAAAUUCUGACUGAAAAAAAUGGCCCUUUGGAAUUGCCCCUAAUUACUGUAUAACCAUGAAAAACAAAUAUUGUAAGAAUACAGAUGGAAAUUAUAUGAAGCAUUGCGACAUACUUUGCCUUAAUAGUACAAGACUUUGCCACGUACCUGACAAACCUCUGAACAUAAAACCUGCAGCUAAAACAGUGAGAGCUGAAUUACAACAACAUAUGACCUGAUUGGUUCAGGACUUGUCAGUUGCAGCAGGCCAGCACCUCAUUAAUCAUCUGAGCCAGUGAGUGUCCUCUUUUAUUCAGAAAACGAAAACGUUAUUUAUUUGCAUUGAUGUGCAGGAGUUACCUGUUCAGGCAAAAUUUGAAUACAGUAAAUGUAUACGUUUUCUUUGUGCUAACAUUAAAAUACGAUUAAGUUGACUAAUGUAAAUUUUGGGCACACACUAGUCAAUUUCUCUGCAUGCUCUAGAGUCAGCCACUGAUACUCUUUGACUUUAAAUUAUGCA